CGUGCGCGUCUUCGAGCCCGCAUCACAUGCCUCGCGUCAGCGCUAUUGUCUGACGCAGGGGCAGAAUCGAACUGAAUGAAAUACACUCUACUACCACGACCACUGAUUCCAGUCUUCGUAUAUGAGUGUUAUAAUAGUUGUUUUAGUGAUAACCGAGAGUGGUGUUGCCCUGGGCCAAGAGCCGGUAAACAACCGGUCCAGAUAGGGAAGCUGCGUCGGCUCACGCCCGACUACAGUGGAAUGCGGCAAUUUUAACUACUGCAGACCACGGGACCCCAUUUACGAAUAGGGACCGAUCACUACUGGGCCCUAUAGAGUGUCUGGCGGCGGCGGUCGGAUGCAGUGACUGGUGAUGCAUCAACAAUGAGUCGCCGCGCGCGGCCGUGACAUGGGAGCGCAGGCAUGGGCUGGCGCGCCGUGCAAUCGCCGCACAUCGCCGCCGGCUUGCUUCUACUGCUGCUAGUUUACUUGCCAGUAACUUGCCAUCAAGACCACCAAGAUGCUGUGCACAUCACGGCGAUCCUUGGCGAGAGCGUCGUCUUUAACUGUCAGGUGGACUUCCCGGAAGAUAUCCCGGUGCCGUACGUCUUGCAGUGGGAGAAGAAGGUAGGCGAAACGGGACAGGACAUCCCAAUCUACAUCUGGUACGAGAACUACCCGACCCAUAGCGGUGAAGGUUACGAGGGCAGAGUGUCGCGCGUCGCGCUCGACUCACCAUAUGGCGCCGCCAGUCUCAACCUCACCAACAUCCGCGAGUCUGACCAGGGUUGGUACGAGUGUAAGGUGGUUUUCCUCAACCGCUCUCCGAAUCAGCACAAGAACGGAACGUGGUUCCAUCUCGACGUGCACGCGCCACCGCGCUUCUCCAUCACACCGGAAGACAUUAUUUACGUUAAUUUAGGAGAUGCGAUCAUCCUUAACUGCCAGGCGGAGGGUACGCCCACUCCCGAAAUAUUAUGGUAUAAGGACGCAAACCCCGUGGAGCCCUCAGGCACAGUGGGCAUCUUUAAUGACGGCACGGAGCUGCGCAUCAGCAACAUCCGGCACGAGGACAUUGGCGACUAUACGUGCAUCGCGCGCAACGGCGAAGGGCAAGUGUCGCACACCGCACGCGUCAUCAUUGCCGGUGGCGCUGUCAUCACUAUGCCUCCUACGAACCAAACAAAAUUAGAAGGAGAGAAAGUCCAAUUUUCUUGUGAAGCAAAAGCUUUACCAGGAAACGUAACAGUAAAAUGGUUCCGCGAGGGCGCGCCGGUAGCAGAGGUGGCAGCAUUGGAAACAAGAGUCAAUAUACGCCGUGAUGGCGCGCUGGUUAUCAACCCAGUGGCUGCCGAUGACUCCGGACAGUACCUUUGCGAAGUCUCCAACGGCAUUGGAGACCCGCAAAGCGCUUCUGCUUAUCUCAAUGUUGAAUAUCCAGCCAAAGUAACGUUCACGCCAACAGUGCAGUACCUUCCAUUUCGGCUAGCGGGCGUGGUGCAGUGCUACAUAAAAGCGAACCCGCCGCUCCAAUACGUAACCUGGACCAAGGAUAAGCGACUUCUGGAGCCCUAUCAGACGAAGGACAUUGUUAUUAUGAACAAUGGAUCUCUCUUGUUUACGCGGGUCAACCAAAAUCAUCAGGGACGCUAUACUUGUACACCAUACAACGCUCAGGGCACCCAGGGUUCUUCAGGUCCUAUGGAAGUACUAGUUCGAAAGCCGCCAGCGUUCACUGUGGAACCAGAACCUUUAUACCAGAGAAAGGUGGGGGAAUCCGUAGAGAUGCACUGUGAGGCACAAGAGGCGGAGGGCACGCAGCGGCCGAGCGUGACGUGGCGGCGACGCGACGGAUUGCCUUUACAGAAGAACCGCGUGCGAGCACUCGGCGGGAACAUCACGAUUGACACGCUACGACGACAAGACUUCGGCAUCUACCAGUGCGUUGCCGCUAACGAGGUUGCAACAAUAGUAGCGGACACGCAGCUUGUUAUCGAGGGUACACAGCCACACGCGCCCUAUAACGUCACUGGCACGGCGACUGAGUUCCAAGUGACGUUGCGGUGGCACCCAGGGUACGCGGGCGGACCGGACUACAAACAAGAUUAUACAAUUUGGUACAGGGAAGCCGGCUUCUCCGAGUGGAUUAAAGUACCCGUCACUCCUUCUGGUGCUACUUCUGUAACAAUAAAUCGUCUACAGCCGGGGACGACGUAUGAAUUUCAAGUGAACAGCAAAAACACGAUUGGUGAAGGAAUGAUGAGUAAAGCGAUUACCAUUAGGACACUCGAUGUAGGUGCCAAGCAACGGCCGCUGCCGACCGCACCGGGUCCCGUAGAUGAAAAGAUAUUUCAAAACGCACCCUCAGGCUCGGGUCCGAAGCCUGGUCCGCCGCGGAACCUGACAGUGACGGAAGUCCAUAACGGGUUUCUGAUCACGUGGCAGCAGCCGCUUGAUCGCGCUAACCUCAUCCAGUACUACACUAUCAAGUACCGCACUGACGCGCAAUGGAAAACCCUCAACCGAGGCCAGAUCCGCCCUGAAGAAACCAGCUAUUUAGUAAAAAAUUUAGUCGGCGGACGCACGUACUAUUUCCGAGUGCUGGCUAACUCAGCGACUAGUUACGAAAGCUCAGAAGAAGUGAAAUUCCCAGUGCCGGCGCGGGUAAAACAUAAAGCGAUCACGGCAGGCGUGGUGGGCGGCAUUCUGUUCUUCAUUGUGGCUAUCAUCUUGUCAGUGUGCGCUGUGAAGAUCUGCAACAAGCGCAAGAGACGCAAGCAGGAGAAAGCAUACAACAUGGUAGCCGCGCGAUUGACCGACCUCCGCGCAGCUGACAGCACUCAAGUGCCUUUUAAGAAAUUUAGAGAAAGCGGAAUAUCGAGUUUAGUGCAGUGUUUAAAAUUUACGGCGAACUGGGUGUGGCCGGCGUCGCGAUGCGGCGGAGAACCACAGUACUGGGCGUCGGUGUCUGUGCGCGCGUCACCUGUGCCCACACCUUCGGAGGGGUCUGCUGCGCCGUCGCCUACGCCUUCGUCGUCGGACGACGGCGGCUUCCUUCCACGACUUCGCGCACCGCUGCAUCCUGCCGCCGCACCGCCUCUGUUCCGCGCGUCGUCACCUGCCUUGACGUUGCAUUGGCCUCCUUGGCCACCGUGGCCUCCCUGGGCGGCAGCCUGGACACCGUGGUCGCCGCUGCAUGUCUCCGACCUCAGCUCCGUGCCUUUUCCGAGCUCUGCGGAUGGUUCUUUUCCUACGCCGCCUUCUCCGUUCCGACUACGUUCCCUACCCCACUCCUCGCUGCCGCUACGAUCUGCCGGCGCUUUCAUGAGAUCUCGGGCUCGACCCGUACCGCGUCACGGGCGACCUCGUGCUAUCUCGGAAUUGCCACCCCCGCCGCAUGAGGCUUCGCCGGAAAGUCGUUCGUCGUCAAGUGGAUUCGGUAGUAAGAAUGCGUCGUCUUCACAACAUAACCGCAGUAGUCGCACGGGCAGUUUGGCGGAGUGGCGACCGCCCCCUUACCGACCGCCGCCACCGGCGCCACCGCCGCGGCCAGGGUCGGGCGAAGCGGUGGAUGCGGGUUCAGUGGACGUUCAUUAUGAGUGGGACCGCGAAACACGAACACCGACGCCGUCAACGCCGGAGCGAUUGAGAACUCGGCAGUCGCGUGACGACGUUGAGGCGCGCGUACGAGCAAUGAAAGAAGAGUUCCUCGAGUUUCGAAAACGGCAAGCGCUGCGGCGCCGCUCGCCGGAACCUUUGGGCCCUCCACCGCCGAUGUCGUCGCUGGGCACGCUUACGCCCUUAUCGCCACUCGCAACCUCCGCGCCCGCAGAAACAGUCUGCUGAUAACAGAUUUAUGAGUCAGGUAUUGAAACUCCAUGAUUAUUCAUCGCAUAAGUAUCUUAGAGCGAGAAUUUGGCUCGCCUUCCCACCGAAACCUGGAAAAAAGGAUUUUUUGAUACUUAAUUACUUAUAUUAAAUGCUAGAGACCGCGGUAAAAGUCGAGUUUACUUCGGUCAUUAUAUUUGUAAGUAUGUAUUUAAGUACCUGGGACUGCUGACGAGGUUUAGGUACACGAUAAAUACUUCCAACAACUUUUAUAAAUCAGUACAGAUAUGUAUAAGCACACGCCUUCGAAAUGUACGAAAUAGAAGUAAUAUUCCGAAGUAAGCGUGACUUGAUAAGUUCACUGUUCACGUAGAAAUCCCACCGACCGCCAGCGCAGUGGUACGGCGGCGCGCGGCGGUCACCAUAUUGAUACAUACUUAGAAAUUGUGAGUCCAGUCAUUGUUGACUGUAAUAAUAAUAAAAAUGUAUGUAUAAAAAGUGGAUGCCGUGGCGUUUUGUCGUCGCAUUGCCUACUGUCCUAAACUCAUAUGUCAAUUAAACUCCUAUAGCACUCUUAUAUCUAGUAUUUGAACUUUUGAAACGAAAUUAAAACUGAUUUAUCUACUAAUUUACCUUAGAUUUUUAAAUUACUUCGAAAUUAAUACAAUUCAGGUACCUGUAUUUUAACAAUAUGUGCCAUAAGCAGAUCAGUAAAGGAGAAUGUUUGGUUGUACAAGGCCCCACUUAUGUAGACGGCAGGCAGGCAGUGCGGGAACUCGUUCACCUAAACGCUUUAGGUAUGAGCGGGGAAGCAUCCACGACACCGCUCAUACCAACAUUAUAAUAUUGUAGUUAUUAUUGUAACUAAUUACGAAUAAC